AUGAUUCAACAUCCUUCUAAUAACGCAUGGAGACCUCAACGUGGUCUCCCUGAACGAGCUGUCUCAGUUCUCCGUGCUUGGCUCUUUGAACACUUUCUUCACCCAUACCCUAAGGAUUCGGACAAGCACAUGCUAGCCAAACAAACAGGACUCACUAGGAGCCAGGUGUCAAACUGGUUUAUAAACGCGAGAGUUAGGCUAUGGAAGCCGAUGGUGGAAGAGAUGUACGUGGAGGAGAUGAAGGAGCAGGGAAAGAACAUUGGAUCCAUGGAGAAGACACCUAACUUGGAUCAAAACAACGAAGAUUCUGCUUCUAAAUCAACAAGUAACCAAGAGAAGAGUCUCAUGGGAGGAGGAGGAGGCGCAGAUAAUUACCAUCUGAAUCCUAAUCACAAUGGUGACCUAGAAGGCGUCACCGGGAUGCAAGGUAGCCCCAAGAGGCUAAGAACAAGCGAAGAGACAAUGAUGCAGCCUAUAAAUGCGGAUUUCAGCUCGAACGAGAAGCUCACAAUGAAGAUUCUAGAAGAAAGGCAAGGGAUUAGAUCAGACGGUGGAUACCCUUUCAUGGGAAACUUCGGACAAUACCAAAUAGAUGAGAUGUCAAGAUUCGAAGUAGCUGUCUCGGACCGGGAGCUCUUAGCGCAACGGUAUUCAGGAAACAAUAAUGGCGUGUACUCACGCUAG